AUGGCCGAGUUCCAAGCCAUCAUCCUCGCUGGUGGCCGCGGUAUUCGUCUGUACCCGCUGACAGAAGAGACGCCCAAGACGCUGCUACCUGCUAACAGCAAGCCGCUGCUCUGGUACCAGUUGCAGCUGCUCGAAGCCUCCCACUUCACGGAAGUGCUCGUGCUCACGGUAUCCGAUUUACUACCAGCCAUUCAAGACUAUACAACGCGCGAGUUUGACGGGAAGAUCCACAUUGAGCUGUGUGAAGUAACGGAGAACACUGAGACCGCCGAGGCGCUCCGUGAAGUAGCCGACAAGAUCAAGCGGGACUUUAUCGUGCUGGCUGGCGACCUCAUCACGGACGCGGUGCUCCAUAACGUGGCGGACUUUCACCGGAUGAACGACGCGAGCGUCACGAUGGUCCUUCGACAAGAAGCAGCUGUCCGACCGAGCAAGAAACCGGCGACAAAACCUCGACGGGAUAAGGACAUGACCGACUGCUUUGGACUCGUCGAGGGCGAGCGCAACGAGGAGAACCGCCUCGUGCUCGUGUCGCAAGCCGUGCAUAUGAACGAGCACCUGGACGUGGCCAAGAGUCUGCUCCAGCGACGUAGCCACUUUGUGCUGCACACGGAUCUGUACGACGGCCACUUUUACAUCUUCUCGCACUGGGUGCUCGACUUGCUGCAGGAGAAGAAGUACAUUGCCAGCAUCAAAGCUGAUCUCAUCCCGCAUCUCGUGCGACGUCAGUUUCGAGGAGCAAGUGCUUUGCCCGAGAGCGUGCGGGACAAAGCGACGCGGAAACAGGCACUUGCAGCGUCCAUGUCGCUAUCGGAAGAGCAGCACGAUCCAGAGGAUCUCGUGCGCUGCUUUGCGUACGUGCUGCCGUCGAACGCCUACUGCGAGCGGGCCGACACGAUCCCGGCCUAUCGAGCCAUGGAUGAAGAAGUCGGCUCACGACUGCGCAUCAAGCGGUCGGAUUUCAUCUCCAACUAG